AUGCCGUGCCUCGGAUCGUUGCCAGCAUCGGAAAGAUCAGAGGAGGACAGGGAUGGGGAGGAGACAGACGCAGGAGAUGGGACCGGGGACAUGGAUGACAUGUUGCGUCAUGAUGGCCUGCAGGAGAGUGUGGUGGGUGGGGUGCGAUCUGGUGCGGUGAAGACACGUGCAGAGGGGUUGGAGAGGCUGCAGGCGCUGAUUGAGGAGCUGGGGGAGCACACGGAUGCCAUGUCUGCUAGCUUCAAUUCCAUGCGCCAACUCACCCCCACCCUGACCCGGCCAGUGGUGGAUGCAGCAGCAGAUGGAGGUGGGGCAGCAGCACUUGGGGAUGGAGGUGGGGCAGCGGGAGGAGGGGCAGCGGGAGGUGGAGCAGCGGGAGGUGGGGCAGCAGCAGGAGGUGGAGCAGCAGGAGGAGGAGCAGGAGGAGGAGGAGAUGGAGCAGCAGAAGCUCCUGGGGGGGCAGCAGUGCGUGAGGGAAGAGCAGCAGUGCAAGGAGAGAGAGGAGGGGCGGCGGAAGCAUCGCAACGGGCGCAAAGCAUGCUAGAAGGCGGAGGGUCGGAACAGGUGGCAGCAGGAGAGGCGGCAGCAGGGGAGGCGGCAGCAGGAGAGGCGGCAGCAGGAGAGGCGGCAGCAGGAGAGGCGGCAGCAGGAGAGGCGGCAGCAGGGGAGGCGGCAGGAGGGGAGGCGGCUGCAGGGGAGGUGGCAGCAGGGGAUGCAAAACUGAGCAGCAGAAAGUCAAGCUUGAAGCAUUCGGAAGGGUGCCAUGCAGCAGUCCCUGUGCACGUGCUGUGCCCUCUUCUGGAGUCCCUGACCCUUCAAUCCCUCCGCUUCACCUCCCCGCCCCAUGUCCCCUGGCUGCCUCCCUCCCUUUCUUCUGAGUCUCCUCGCAUGUAUCUCUCCUCCUCCCCUGCCUCUCCACCCUCCUAUUCAUGUCACUCAUCUUCCUCCUUUUCCUUCUCCUCCUCCUCUUCCCCCUCGUCCAGCUCUUCCCGCCCCUCCUCUGCCCCGUGCCCAAGCGGUCACCCAAUGUCCUUUGAGUCCCUUGCCCGAGCUGCAGCCUUCAGGCACCUCAAGCAUCUCGCCUUGGUGUGCUGCGUAGGGUUGAAGGAACAGGAAUGGCUGGAACUACUGGGAGCGUGCCCCAAGUUGGAGGAGCUAAGGGUGUUGCAAAAUAGUGAAAUCUCAGACGCAGUGGUCGCGGGAAGCAGGCUGGGAGCGCUCGCUAGUUUGACUCUGGUGGAGUGCGAUAAGAUUACAGCGACCGGCAUUGGAGGGGUUCUUGGAAGCUUCCCGAGGUUGAGCCUCCCGAUGCACACCUCCCUCCCUCUUCACCCCUCGACUCUCGCCCCUUCCCCCGUGGUUCAGGCUCUUGAUCUCCCUCGGGCUGAACGCAUGCCAUCGCCCUUUUCCCCUUCCUUCAGGCUCCUGAAUUCCCUGGAGCUUAACUCACGCUAUGCACGCGCGCGUCUCUCCUACACACGGCAGCCGCCACUCCCUCCCAUGCACCUCCUCCCCUCGCUCCAGUCCCUCUCGCUCCUCUACGUUCCCUCAGACUUACUCCCCAUUACCCGCUGCUCCUCCCUCACUUCUCUCACCCUCUGGAACCCCGAAUCCUCCUCCCUCUCCUCCCUUGCCUUUUCCUCCUCCACCCCUGUUUCCUCCACGUCCUCCUCCCCCCUCGCGUCCUCCCCCCUCGCGUCCUCCCCUCUCGGGUCCUCCCAUCCAUCCCCUCUCCGCACGACUCUCACAUCUCUCACCAUUCACUCCGCCAAACUGCAGGGCUCCCUCGCAUCCCUCGCCUUCUUCCCCGCCCUCUCCUCCCUCUCCCUCCACUCCUGCACCAUCGACCCAUACGAGCUCCGCUCCCUCUCGCGCUCCCUCCACUCCCUCACCCACCUCAUAAUCCACUCUUGCCCACUCGUCUCUUCCCACUCCCUCAUCCCCAUCCUCCAAGCCAACCCAGCUCUCUCCUCCCUCUCCCUCCAAGGAACCAUCUACCGUCUGUUCGCUGCACAGGGCUUCCGCUCCCUGCUCUCGCACACCUCCUCCCAGCUCCACUCCCUCCACCUCGCCGGCCUCCCAUCCUUCCGCCCGGGCUUGCUUGCAGCCUGCAGUGCCCUGCGGUCGCUCAGCCUGGAAGGAGUACUUGGAUCUUCGGACUCGUUGUUGCCGCGUGCUGCAUCAUUAGACGGCCUUGUGGGUAUGCUCGUGCGCGUGGAACGGAGAGGAGGAUCGGCAGGACAGGAAGCAGGAGGAGGGGCAGGAGGGGAUAGAGGAUCGGACGGGCAGGAGAGAGGACAAAGAAGUGCUUCUGCAGCAGCUGCAGUGGCGCUGGUAUUACUGAGGGGAAGCAACAAGUCGUGGGAAAAGUACGUGGAUAUUCGCACAGAGGCAGAGGCAGCACAGGCGGACAAGCUCGCAGCUGUGAGGGACGUACUUGAUUUCUUGACAACUGCUGAGGAAACCCAUGAUGCUGCGUUUUCGGAGGCCAAUCAGGUGGUGCGAGCAGAGGGCGAGAGUGCUGUGGCUCGGAUCACCGCAAGCCUUGGGAAGAUCAGGUUCGGGAUCUCAGUGUGCCGGUCCUUCGAUGCUGCUGUCCGCGAAUCGAAUGCAGCUGUGGAGUGGGAGGAAAAAAUAAUGAGGUCCUUUGAUGCUGCUGCUGCUGCUGCUGCUGCUGCUGCCGCUGCCGCUCCUGCCCCUGCUAACCCCAAUCUAGCUGCUGAUGUUGCCGCUGCAGCUCCCUCCAAUGUAGCUGCUGCUGGUGGUCCAGUGUCAGGGUUCUUUUCUACAGAGCUGGAUGCUGGCGACGAGGUCAGGGAUGGGGAUGAGGAAGAAAAAGAAGUUGAAAUCAUGGAUGCCACGCUGACUGGUGAAUCCUUUCCUGAGAGUGUGCUGGGUGGGGUGCGGUCCGGUGCGGUGGAUACACGUGAAGCGGCCGUGAACAGGCUUCAAGCGAUGGUAGGGAAGCUGAUGGACGCCAUGCGUGCUGUGUAUGCUAGCUUCCGGCGCAUGCGCCCACUCAGCUCUGAUCCGAGGCCUGCUCCUGCGGGAUCAGGGGCGGAUGCUGCCGCAGCAACCGCAGCGGCCGCAGCCGCAGCAGAUGGAAGAGCAGCAGUGAAUAGAGUGGUGGGAGGAGGGGCGGCAGAAGCAUUGCAGCAGACGAGAAACGCACUAGAAGACGGAGGGCCAGCAGAGGUUGCAGCAGGGGAGGUGGCAGCAGGGGAUGGGAAGCUAAGCAGCAGCAAGCCAGGAGUCAAGCGUUUAGAAGAGUGCGGGCCUGCAAUCCCGGUGCAAGUGUCCAUUGCUCGAGCUGCUGUUUUUGGACAGCUGAAGCGGCUGCACGUGGUGCGCUGCUUGGGGUUGGAGGAGCAGGAAUGGCUCCAACUGCUUGCUGCAUGUUCUAAGUUGGAGCUGCUAGAGGUGCAACAAGAUGACACAAUUUCAGAUGCAGUGCUAGCGAGAAGCAGGCUGGGAACGCUCGCUAGCUUGACGGUGAUCAAGUGUGAUAACAUCACAGCAGCUGGCAUUGGAGGGGUGCUUGGAAGCUUCCCCAGCAACGCCAUGGACAAUCAAGAGCAGCAUCCUCCACUACCCCCCACAAACGGUACAGCACCGGAUGGAUCCGCCGCUUCCGGCGCUGACGCUGCUUCCGACGACGCGGGAAUCAAGAUGGUUCUCCCCAACAUUAGUUUCUCCAUGGCUCAACCCACCAUCGGCGCAACCGGCGGACCACCUGGCGGAGGGCCCCACGGCGGACCUUCCCCUCAUGGUGGACCAACCCCCGCGCUUCCCCCCUAUCCCCCGCCGUCCAAUGAGGGUUACCCCUCCGGCGGAGGAUACCCGCCGGAUUCCGCGCCGCGUGCCACGGGGCUCGGCGCGCUUGGCAUCGGCGGGGAUGGGGGAGACAUGCGCGGGGAUACGCGCGGGGAGCACGGAGAUCACAGGCAGAAGCGCUCCGCGGGGGAGAUGUACGGCGGGGAAACGGGCGACUCCGCGCGGCCCGGGGAGCGCGGGGAGCGCGGGGGGGGUCCAGGCGGAGAGAGGGGCGGGGGGAGCGGGGAGCAGAAGCGGUGGCCGGGGUGGCCGGGGGAUAAUGUGUUCCGGUUCGUGGUGCCGAUGGGGAAGGUGGGGAGCAUCAUAGGGCGGCGCGGGGAGUAUGUGAAGAAGAUCUGUGACGAGACCAAGGCGCGCGUUAAGAUCGUCGAGGGCGCUCCGGGCCAUGACGACCGCGUGGUUCUAGUGUCAGGAAGAGAGGACCCUGACUCUGAGCUCCCACCAGCCGUGGUGGCAAUGCUGCGUGUGCACCGUCGGAUCGUGGAGGGCGUGUCAGAGGACGAGAUCGAGGCGUCUCAGCCAGGGGAGGGGUUCCGGGGGCAGGUGGCAACACGCCUGCUGGUUCCCGCUACACAGGCAGGCAGUCUGAUAGGGAGGCAGGGGCAGACGAUUAAAGCGCUGCAGGACAGCACAGGGGCGCACAUCAGGAUCCUCUCUCUUGAGGACGUUCCCCCAUGCGCACUGGAGGACGAUCGAGUGGUGGAGGUGACGGGGGAGUACGCGUGUGUGCAUGAGGCAGUGAAGGGCGUCACUCUGCAUCUCAGGCGCUUCCUCUGUGACCACUCCGUGCUGCCGCUCUUUGAACAAUGCCGCUCCUUCCCCCCUCCAAUGGACCCCAGGGGUGCGCCCUACGCGUCCCCCUCUGGCCGCGGGGCGGGAUGGGGGAACCCCCCUCCGGGGGGAAUGCACUCUCCCCCUCACCGCUCGCGCUUCGACCUCCCCCCCUCUGCUGCACCUGACCCCUAUGGCAGCCUCUCUUCCCUGGGCAGCAUGGGGGGUGCUGACAGGUACGGGACAGCCAUGGGAGGCCUGGGAGCAGGUUCGGGAGGAGGCUUGGGUUACAGCCAGCAAAUCAGUCAGCCGCCGCCGCCGCCGCAGCAGCAGCAGCCGCCGCCGCCAUACCAGCAACAGCCGUACCAACAGCAGCAGCAACAGGGGACAGGGGGCGGGUAUGGGGCCACAGGGGGGAUUGGAGGGGCAGGAGGGGCCUCAGCAGGGCCAGCGGGAAUGGAUGCAAACGGGCAGUUGCGGGCAGCACUGUCUAAGUAUGGGAGGGAGACGCCUGCUGCUGCUGCCGCUGCUGCCAUGACCAACACUGUCUCACCUGUUGUCACUCAGGUGAGUGCCACGAUGCAGAUCCCCCUCUCCUACGUCGACGCCAUCAUCGGCCCCAACGGCACCAACAUUGUCUUUCUGCGCCGCACCAGCGGUGCCGCAGUGACGAUUCAGGAGAGCCGGGGGGCGGGAGGGCAGCCGGAGAUGACGGUGGAGGUGCGGGGCAGCGCCACUCAGGUGCAGACGGCACAGCAGCUGAUCGAGAGCUGGGGAGCAGGAGGGCAGCCGGAGAUGACGGUGGAGGUGCGGGGCAGCGCCACUCAGGUGCAGACGGCACAGCAGCUUAUUGAGGCUAUGCCGACCCUGCGCCCGCACCAGCUCCGCCAGCUUCGGCGUAUGGCUCUGCUGCACCGCCAGCUCCGGCGCACUUCAGGCAACCGCUGCUUCGACAGAUUUUGUCGCAUGGCGUCGCAUGGCGGCGAUGCGCCGUCGCAAGGCGACGAUCGGCCGUCGGACGAGGCGAUCUUAGCGCAGCAGAAUGCGAUGCGGGAGGAGGAAGCUCAGCGGUACCCGCUUGUCGGGGAGAAGGAGCCGUUGUCGGCAUUGGCGUCCGAAUACGCAGCGGGAAGCACCACGUUCCAAGACAAGAUCGAGCACCUAGCAGCGGAGUACGAGGCCAUCAGGCGGACUCGAGGCGACGGAAACUGCUUCUUCCGCUGCUUCCUCUUCGCUCUCCUGGAGCAUUUGUUACAAGGCGGCAGCAAGGAGGAGUGCGCACAAGUGAGGGAGCGAGUGGCACGCAGUGAGCAGAGGCUGAGAGACCUUGGGUAUACCGAGUUCACAUGGGAAGACUUUGCUGCUGAGUACCGGGAGCUUCUAGACGCCGUGGACCAGUCAAGAGCAGCAGAGAAGAUCACGGUGGAUGGCUUGUUGAAACGCUGUCAAGACCCCGACUGCUCCAACUAUGCGGUCAUGUUUCUGCGUUUCAUCACAUCAGCUGACAUUCAGCACCGAGUGGACUUCUUCCAUCCCUUCCUGCCUGACUCUGCAGCGGGCAUCGGUGCACCUAACGAGGCAGCAAAGCAGUUCUGUCACAAGGCAGUGGAGCCAAUGGGGGAGGAGAGCGAUCACGUGCACAUCACAGCCAUCACGGAUGCCCUUGCCGUACCCAUCCGGAUUGUUUACCUUGACCGCAGCGCCGGGCAGGCGAAUUUUCACGAAUUUCUGCCCGAGGAGAGUGUACGGGCUACCCCUGCAAUGACGCUGCUCUAUCGACCAGGGCAUUACGAUAUUCUGUACCCCAAACAGAAGUGA